AUGUCUCCAUUGAUGUAUAGAAUUAUUUUAGAAGGUCACAGCGGUGUUAAUCAAUUAGGUGGAGUUUUUGUAAACGGACGACCAUUGCCUGAAACUAUUCGACAUCAAAUUGUGGAACUGGCUCGACAGGGUGCAAGACCGUGUGAAAUUUCACGAAAACUACAAGUAUCGAAUGGAUGUGUAUCUAAAAUCUUGGGUCGAUUUUAUCAAACUGGUUCAGUGAAACCAAGAGCUAUUGGUGGUUCAAAACCGCGUGUUGCAACACCAGAUGUUAUUGCAAAAAUUGCACAAAUUAAAACUGAAAAUUCUUCAAUAUUUGCAUGGGAAAUUCGUGAACGUCUUAUUAAUGAAUCUAUAUGUACAGAUGAUAAUUUACCGAGUGUUUCUUCUAUCAAUCGAGUAUUACGUAAUUUAUCUUCUUCAUCAUCGAUAAAAUCUACUUCAAAUUUUCAAUAUGAUAGUUUACUUAAUCCAUCAACAUCAUCGUUUUGGCCAAUAAUAGGAGGGUCAAACGUUCCAACCAAUUCAACAUAUACAUGUACUUAUCAUAAUUCAAUACAUAAUACAAAUGAAACAAAUUCUUCAAUCGAAGGAGUUAAAUAUGAAUUAAUGAAUGAAGAUGAUAAUAGUAUCAAUGAUAAUGAACGAAGUAUAAAUAAUGAUUUCGAUUCAAAUGUUUCAUCAAAACAAAAAAUACAACGUAAUCGGACAGCUUUUACUCCAGAACAAAUAAGAAUACUUGAAAAAGAAUUUGGACAUACACAUUAUCCAGAUAUUUAUGUACGUGAGCGUUUAGCAAAAAAUUUAAAUCUACAAGAAAAUCGUAUACAAGUUUGGUUUUCUAAUCGAAGAGCAAAAUGGCGUCGUGAAGAAAAAACUCGUAAUCAAAAACAUACAUAUACUGCUGGUGAAUCAUCAACAAGUAAUACAAAUAUUCAAUCCAUAGUUCCUCCAACAACAUUAUCUAUAUUCACUCCUCAACAACCACCAGGUUAUACUAUUGAAUCAAAUAUUCCACAAUGUUAUUUUUCAACGGGUAUUGAACAAAAUUUAUCUGUUCAAUCUCUUAAUUAUACAUGUUCAUUACCAGAUUCAACAUAUUCAUUAUCAACAGGAAACUGUUACGAAGAUCUUUCAUUGACACAAAAGCCAUCAUCUUAUUAUCCUUCUGAUUAUAAUACACGUUCAUCCAGUACAAUGUGUCAAUCAUCAAAUUUUCUUCAAACAUCAAUGCCAUCAUCGACAUUUUGGCACCGAUUUUAA